ACUUCCCCCUCCCUUUCUUCUUUUGCAAUCCCAUGCAAAAGCGAAUAGCGCGUGGCGUUGCAGCCAAUCUCCAUCCUCUUACACGGGCUACACGCACUUUGGGAUAUUUGCCUUUAGAAUUCAGACCGGGGACAGCUGGAUCUGUGCUUCAGCACCCGUGGAUUGCUUCGACAUUUUUCUCUACCGCGUGUUCUUCCAAGGCGGUGUUACACGCUGGAUUGCUGUACUUGUGUAUUUUCUGUUUGUGAGUCCCUUCUUUUGGGGCUAUACCCCUUGUCUAAGCGGGAGCUUCUGUCUGGAUGUUAAUUGCAGUUGUUGUACCCCUUGCACUCCCCAAAUGACUGAGCGCAGCUUCCUAAGGAGACUUGGCUCUCCGGUCCGCUUCAAUAAGAAAACCUUUGGCUAAAGUUUUCAUGCAAAGGGCGGUCACUGAUUAACGUUACCCUGGAUUUGCGAUAAUUUCUCUUUUAAAAUUCCGUCUCGCAACAGUAACGGACAGCGAGCAGAUUGUCGACGUGACGCGAGCAGGGUGCCUUUUGCUGGAUUUAUUCAAAUAAAAAUGAAGACCACUGUUGUCGAAGGAGGCAGGCUCCUCUUCCUGGUCCUCUGGCUGAAUCUGGUGCCUCAAGCGGACGGCUGCCCAGCAAUGUGUGUGUGCUACAGUGAGCCCCGCCCUACAGUGGCCUGCCAGCAGCAAGGACUGUUCUCCAUCCCUACCGAGAUCCCUAUCCGGAGCCAGCGGAUAUUCCUUCAGAGCAACAAGCUAACUGUGGUGAGGUCCACCAGCUUUAGCUCCUGUCACAACCUCACCGUGCUCUGGCUCUACUCCAACAACAUCAGCCACAUUGAGGCGGGGGCCUUCUAUGGCCUGGAGAAGCUGGAGGAGCUGGACAUUGGGGACAACAACAAUCUGCGGAUCAUAAACCCCACCGCUUUCCGUGGGCUCUCCAAACUGCACACCCUACACCUGCACAGGUGUGGGCUGUCUGACCUCCCCGUCGGUGUAUUCAGAGGACUCUUCUCCCUGCAAUACCUGUACCUCCAAGACAAUAACUUGCUCACCCUGCACGAUGACACUUUCCUAGACUUAGCCAACCUGACUUAUCUCUUUCUUCACAAUAACAAAAUCAAGACAGUGUCAGACAACAUGCUUCGGGGCCUGGUCAACUUGGACCGCUUGUUGCUCCACCAGAACCGAGUGACCUUUGUCCAGCAGAGAGCUUUUCACGAUCUGGGAAAGUUGACCACCUUGUUCCUGUUCUACAACAAUCUGACCGUACUGACUGGGGAGACCAUGGACCCUCUGGUGUCAUUGCAGUACCUUCGUCUGAAUGGUAACCAGUGGAUAUGUGACUGCAGGGCCAGGACCCUCUGGGACUGGUUCAAACGCUUCAAAGGGUCCAGCUCAGAGCUGGAGUGUCAUGUUCCUGCCAGCCUGGCGGGUAAAGACUUGAAAAGAUUAAAAAGCAGCGACUUGGAGGGGUGUAUUGAUAGUUCUCUCCAGGUCCAGACCAGUAUCUUCAGCACAAAGACGCGUUCUGGAAAGUUCCAUUCCACAGAGAGCCCACUGAGGGAGGGUACUCCCAGGUGCUGUCUGCCAGACAAUGACAAGUCAUCCAUCAUCUCCAGCAAGGGUCUCCCAGAUCCUUCCUCUUACAACAGUCGGCAGAUUACAAACAACCCCUUGAAGGAGAAGGAGAACAUCUCUAAGACCAAGUUUCUUGAGGCAGACCCCACCAAGAAUGGCACCCACAACAAGAGUCUGAAUGACGGUCCCGUUGGUACUUUCUCCAACAAUCUGGACCAGUCCUUGGGAAAGCUAAAACCUGAGUUUAUGGACAACCUAGAGCCUUCCACAGCUCCAUCCCGGAAGAAAAAAAAGUGCUCAAAAAAGCCCAAAUCAGACGCUCAGUGUCUCAAAGGCAGUGGAGCUACUACUCAAACACUGCACCUUCUCUUUUUGCCCAUGUUCUGGUUAUCGUUGGCUAUCUGUUAGGACAUGAAACCCAGAGAGGAUUCUCUCGGAUUAUAUUGCUGAUGACAAUGUCAUAGAACCUACAGUAACCUCCACAAUUGUCCAGAAAGAGAAAGAAGGGACACAAGGUAAAUCUUAAGAUAAAACAAAAACAAAAAAGAUAACAUUUACAAAUGGAUGCCUUUAUAUAAUACAUCAGAUUUAAUGUAUAUAAAGAAUUGGUGCCCAAAUCAUUUGUUCUAUGUACUGUACUGUGUCCAAGCUGCACUUCUGAGAGUUUCCCUUUCCCUUUCCCCCUCAAAGCUUACGCUGCAAAGACAGUGACCAGACAAACCACUGAGGACCCUGAAAUCAGAGCGUCACUGAUAAAAAGUGAAAUCAGAGCGCCACUGAUGACAGUGAAAUCAGAACACCACUGGUGACAGAUCAGAGCGCUGAACGCACACAUGCUCAUUAAACCAAGAAUGUUUUGGGUUUCUUUGAUGACAAAACCCGAAGACUUGGCAGAUUUUCUUUCCCAUUUUUUUGACAAAAAGUGAUGCAUUUGUUCAAUGCUGUUAUUUGUUUUUUUAUGUUUAUAAGUAUUACAGUAAAGAAGAUGUUUAUC